AUGAAAAACCGCGGCCGCAUCGCAAAAGAGUUGCGCAUUUUCUCAGAGGCGGCCCGCCGAGCUCUGAGCGCCGCGCAGGCUCGCGUGCCGCACUUCCUGGUGACGCUGGACGACGUAGAGUCGGACGACGUCUUCGAGGCAUCGCGUCAGUGGCGCGAGGCUGCCGAGCGCCGGGCCGACGUCCUGCGUAAGGGCUGGGCACAGGAGGCGCGCGUCAGUGCGCAGCGCGACCAGCGACUCGCGCGUCUCAUCGAGCAAAUGGUGCGCGUCCAGGUGUCCCAGAUGGCUCGCAGGAGCGUGUGCAGACUGCUGGAGACGCUGGACACGCGUCCACCUCUGAUCGUCGUCCAGGCCGACAUGAACGGGACGGAACCGUCUGAGGUGGAAUUCUGCACCACCUUCGAUUCUUUCAUUUCAGUGAUCUGGCGCUGCUGUGGAGGAAUGCUGGUUGAAGAGGAUGCACGCUACGAAGUGGAGACGCACGCUCAGAUGUCCCGCAUCCUCGAGCGUCACCUGGCCGCGCCCCGGGCGCACCUGGUGGCCCUGCACGCGCGCUUUGAGCCGCUGACACGAGACCCCAUACCCGUCGAGGACGAUUUCGAGGCGUUGGGCGAGCGAGUCGCCUUCCUCCAAACCUGCCUGUCGCGCGUGCUGGAGGAAGCCCCUGAGGAGAUCGGCGAGCUGGUGAUCCUGCGCAAGGAGUGUUUGCUGGAGGAGCUGGAGCGGGUGGCCAAAGGGGCCAUCCAGACCGUGGUGGCCCGCAUGGAGCGUCUGCACCAGCGCGACGCCAAGAGCAUCUGCCGCGCGUUCAGGGAGAUCGCGGCCAGGGCGUCGGCGGCGCCGCGCUCCACCGCGGAGCUGAUGGCGGCGCAGGAGUUCCUGGCCGAAGCGCAAAGGACCACUAUUGCCGAGCUGGAGACGCGGAUUGCUCGGCUCGCAGCACGAAUGGCCCGGCUGAUGCGGCUGCGUUUCCUCUCACCGCACCACUGCACACUCAACUCCGAGGCUCUGCGCUGGCUGGCUGACAUUGGACCGUGCUUCGUCAAAAGCGAGGAGUUUUUCGAACAGCAAAGAGUGGAGUUUGAGCGUUUGCUUCAGCAACGCACUGACCAACUAAAUCGCAAACUAGAAGAAGCGAUGCCUCGCUUGGCACUGGUGAACGAUAUGCGUCUCUUGAGCAGAGUGGACGCUUACCUGGAGGACACGCGGAAGCUGCGACGGCGCCUGCUCGAAUUCGAGGAAGAAGCGGCCUGGAUCAACUCUGAAGAGGCCCUUUUCCGCUUCCCUCUUUCUACCUACCCCGAAUUGGACGAGCUUAAAAAUUGCCUGCUGCCUGUGUGGGGCCUGUUGUGUCUAUGCCGGUCUUGGCGAACGACUCUGUACAAGUGGAUGGACGGCGCCUUCGACGAGCUUGACGCAGAGUCUAUCCAGGACACCACUAACAAAAUGCUUCUGACAACUGAAGAAACGCAACAGCAGUUUCGAUUCAUGAUCAAGCAGCAAAUCGCGGACAACAAUCCGCGGCGCCUGAAAGGCACUUUGGACGACCCUGGAAAUAUGCCUGCGCCACUUCAAUUGUGUAACCAGCUCUUGGAGGAUAUCAAGCAAUUCAAAUCGCAGUUGGUUUUGGUACGCGUUCUGUGCAACCGAUGUCUGUGUCAACGCCACUGGAGCGAAAUUAGCGCACUUUUGAAGUGCGAAGUAUGUCCUGAUGCGGGGGCAAGUCUCCGGAAAAUGCUCAAACUGCCCUUCACGCCGGAAUUACUUCAGAAAUGUGAAGUCAUAAGUUACGGCGCCACGAAAGAACUGGCGCUGGACGAAGAGUUGAGUCAAAUGCGCGAGGAAUGGGAACACAUCCAUUUCAGUCUCGUCAAUGACCCCGAGCAAAACUGCAGUUUGCUGAGCGAAAUCGAAGAUUUGCAGGCAUCCUUGGCGUCCGCAAUCCUGCGCACGCAAUCAAUGAGAGGUUCCGCUUUCGCAAAGCCGCACGCCCAAGAGUUGCGGGCCUGGCACAAUAAAUUGACGAGGGCGGCCGCAACGCUCACUGUUUGGGCCUCAGUCCAGGAGCAGUGGCGUCACUUGUCGCCGAUUUUCCAGUGCUGUGAGGACGCUUCACGCUUUAUGCCUGACGAAGCAAAACUUUUUAAAUUGGUUGACUCAACCGUGCGCGGUUUGGUGCACAGAGCAGAGGCAGACAUGUGCGUAAUGCACCUCGCGGGCGGAGAAAACGCUUUGAACGAACUCACUCUGUGCGCCGAGCGGCUGAACGCUGUGAAUCAGGCCGUCGUGCGCUACCUGGGCGUCAAAAGACGCGCUUUUCCCCGAUUCUUUUUCCUCAGCAACGAAGAGCUGCUGUCAGUGCUGUCGGCGGCACCGCAUCUCGACCGGGUCGCCGCCCUCUGCCUGUUUAAAAUCUUUGAGGCGGCCAAGGGGGCCGAUUUUGAUUCGGAUGAGCGGCUUAUAUGCCUGACGGGCCAAGAAACAUUGCAAGUGCAGCCGGUGCCGCCUGCUGCGGUUGAACGAUGGUUCGCUAACGUGGAGCUGGCCAUCGCUGAGGCCAUGAAAAAGAACUUUGACCAGAUUUAUCAAGAAAUAGGAGCAACAGAGCGGGUAAAUUUGGCCCUGGGAAACAUCUUGCAGUUGGUCCUGGUGGCGGCCGCCGUUGCGUGGACAAACGAUGUGGAGUGUUCGCUGCGCUGGCCGAAAAAGAUAACAAAUCUCGAGAAUAAAUGCCUGGUAGCCAUUCCUCGAUUAAUUUUAAACUAA